AUGUUUCAUUGUUUUGAUCAGGAGGCCAAUGAAAAUAAGCUUAAGCUGUAUUCACACUGGAUAAGCUCCUGUUCCUUCCGAGUCCGAUUUGCUCUCAACCUCAAAGGACUACCUUACGAUUACCAAACAGUCACUACAUUUUCUGAGCCCGAGUUUCUUAAGCUCAAUCCCAUUGGAUUUGUUCCUGUGCUAGUGGAUGGCCAGACAGUAAUUGCUGACUCUUUUGCCAUUAUUAUGUAUUUGGAACAUAAGUAUCCUCAACCUCCUUUGCUACCUCAUGAUAUUCUCAAAAGAGCAAUCAAUUUCCAGGCUGCUACCAUUGUUUCCUCAUCUAUACAACCUUUUCAAAACUAUACUGUAGUGAAGUAUAUAGGGGAAAAAGUUGGCCCUGAUGAAAAACUUCCUUGGACUCAAAGUGUAAUAGGAAAAGGCUUUACGGCACUUGAAAAACUGUUGAAAGACCAUGCAAGAAGAUACGCAACUGGAGAUGAGAUUUUCCUGGCAGAUUUGUUUUUAGCACCUCAGUUAGAUGCAGCAAUUAAGAGAUUCAACGUUGACAUGAAGGAAUUCCCUACUCUCUCCAGAUUACACGAGACAUAUAAUGAAAUCCCAGCAUUUCAGAAGGCUUUGCCAGAGAACCAGCCAGAUGCAGUACAUUAG